UAUAAGAAGUGAAUCACGACAGAUAAAACCGGCAUUCAGUUGAGCGAGUUGAUCGUGAGUCUACAGGCGAUUGAUACGUAGUAAACGUAUAGCAAAAUAAGCUAGUGUAUUUAAUGUCACAUCUAACAACACCGAUGUUAAAGUUUCAUAACGGCAACCAAGUACCGGCCUUUGGUCUGGGUACAUGGAAGUCUAAACCGGGUGAAGUCACGCAGGCAGUCCAAGAUGCUAUUGACAUCGGCUACAGACACAUUGAUUGCGCUUACAUUUAUGGCAACGAGAAGGAAAUUGGAGCCGCUAUACAAGCAAAAAUCAAGGAGAAUGUCGUAAAGAGAGAAGAGCUAUUUAUAACUAGCAAGCUAUGGAACACUUUCCACAGACCUGAUCUGGUGGAACCAACCAUCAAGCGUACGCUAGCUGAUCUUGGCCUUGACUAUGUAGAUCUCUACUUGAUACACUGGCCAGUUGGUUUCAAAGAGGGUGACAAUCUUUUCCCUAAAAAUGCUGACGGAACCACCACUUUGAGUGAUGUAGAUUACGUCGACACUUGGAAGGCUAUGGAAGCUGUACUAUCCAAGGGUUUGGCGAAAAACAUCGGAAUCAGUAAUUUUAAUUCCGAGCAAAUUACCAGACUGCUCGAGAAUGCGACGGUUAAACCUGUUACGAAUCAGAUCGAAUGUCAUCCUUAUCUAUCGCAAAAGGAGCUGUCAAACUUUUGUAAGGAGAAGGGCAUUCUUGUCACGGCCUACAGUCCACUUGGAUCGCCAGAUAGACCAUGGGCUAAACCAGACGAUCCGAAACUGUUGGAAGACAAAACAUUAUCUCAAAUCGCCACAAAGUACAGCAAAACACCUGCACAGAUACUCAUACGUUAUCAGUUGGAACGUGGUCACAUAGUGAUACCAAAAUCAGUUACGAGAUCUCGAAUUCUUGAGAACAGCAAAGUAUUCGACUUUGAAUUAAAACCCGAAGAUAUCGCAUAUAUUGAUACUUUCAAUUGCAAUGGAAGAAUUUGCCCUCUAACUGGGUCAGAAGCCAGUCCUUAUUACCCUUUCAACAUACCGUUUUAAGUGAUUGAUAUAAUAUGUACGCACCUACCUACCUAUUAUCAUAUGUAUCUAUGAUUAAACAUUACACGUUUGCAAGCUUA